UUUGUAAGUAACAGAGGACGUAGUGUGGUGGAUUAUUUAUUAUGCAAGCGUAGUAUGUUUGAUAAUAUUUCUAUGUUUUAUAUUGAUUUACCAAAUAUUGUAUCGGAUCAUUGUUUAUUGUCAGUUACAUAUUCAUUUGACUAUAUAACGGAAAAUAAUGAUGAUAUUUGUGAUGAAAACAAUUUUGAGAGUAUAAAUCAUAAGUAUGUAUGGAAACACGAUUUAAAAAAUACAUAUAUUGAGAAUUUAGAGAGCGAUGACAGCUUAAGAGAUUUACAUGAUUUAACGAGCAAUAUAAUAGCUAGCACGUCACAUGAUGAUAUCGAUAAUUGUAUACAUGUUUUUGAAGGCAUUUUUAAUAAAGUAGCCUCCCCUUUUGUUAAAAACAUUUGUUCAGAUAAUAACAGUUAUGUUAACUCUGAAAGCACGCAGCCCUGGUUUAACGAAGAAUGUUUUGAAAAGAAAAAUAUUUUUUAUAUAUGUCUUAAUCAAUACAGAAUGAAUCAAAACGAGUGUACGAGAGUAAAUAUGGUAAAAGCCAGGUCAGAUUAUAAGUCAACCAUUAGAAAAUGUAGAUACAAUUACGAUAAAGAAAAAACAAAUAAAUUGUUAAGUAAUAGACACAAAAAUGCACGUUUAUAUUGGAAUAUGUUGAAGGAAGCUGCGGGUAUUAAACAGUCUAAUAUAUCAAUGUCGAUGUUUGAGAAGUAUUUUAAAGCUGUUAACAAUCCAGAUGAUAGUUAUUUUUCACCUGAUGAAGAUGCUAUAUAUUUUAUUGAAAGAUAUGAAAAUGAUGAAUUUAAAAUUAUGUUCAAUGAAUUAAACACGUGUAUAUCUGUUACUGAAAUAACAACAGCCAUUAAACAACUAAAAAAUAAUAGGUCAGGGGGUCCAGAUUGUUUGAUAAAUGAGUUUUUUACUACAGGCAAAGAUGUUUUGAAGAAUGUGUUUUAUAUAUUGUUUAACAAGAUUUUUGAAAUUGGUUAUUUUCCGACAAGGUGGUCUGAAGGCUUUGUGAUUCCACUGCAUAAAAAGGGAAGUGUAAACAAUGUGGAUAAUUAUCGUGGUAUUACACUAUUAAGCAGUCUUGGUAAACUCUUUACACGAAUUAUAAAUAAUAGGUUGAAACUUUGGGCCGAAAAAUAUAAUGUAUAUAUAGAAGCACAGGCAGGAUUUAGGGCGAAUAUGAGCACUGUAGAUAAUAUUUUUGUACUUAAUGGCUUAAUAACCCAUAUUCUUAAUCAAGGGAAACAACUUUUUACUUUGUUUGUUGAUUAUACAAAAGCUUUUGAUUAUGUAGUUCGUGAAAAUCUUUGGUUCAAGUUGAUACAGUUAGGGCUUAGAGGUAAUAUUUUCAACAUUGUAAAAUCAAUUUAUGAGUCUGUUAAGUCUAGAGUUAAGUAUUGCAAUAAGUUAAGUGAUGAAUACACAUGUAUGCUGGGCGUGAGACAAGGGGAGUGUUUAUCUCCCUUUUUAUUUUCCAUGUUUGUUAAUGAUCUAGAAGAUAUAUUCAUUCAUAACAAGGCAGAUGGAAUAGAUGUUGAUAUGUUCAAAAUAUUUAUGUUGUUGUAUGCUGAUGACAUUGUGAUUUUUGCAAAUUCAGCCGAAGAAUUGCAACGUAGUAUAGAUAUUUUAUAUGAUUAUUGUUUUAAAUGGAAGCUUAAAGUGAAUGUUUCUAAAACUAAAAUUAUGAUAUUUAGAAAAGGUGGUACUAUUCCUGGUGGCACGAUAUUUAAUUAUAAUAAUGAUCCCAUUGAAAUUGUUAGUAAGUUUUGUUACUUAGGUGUGGUAUUUACUACAGGAGGUUCGCUAUUUACUGCUCAAAAUACAUUAGCUGGGCAAGCACAAAAAGCUAUUUUUACUUUGAAUAAAUACUUACAUAAGUUUACCUAUAUACCUCCAAAACAUAAGCUAGAAUUGUUCGAUAAGCUUGUAUCCCCUAUCUUGAACUAUUGUUGUGAAGUUUGUUGUUUUGCAAAUAAUUUAGCUAUUGAGAAAGUACAUUUGCAAUUUUGCAAAAAAUUACUUGGUGUAAAAAAGUCUACACAGAAUGAUUUCAUAUAUGGCGAGUUAGGCAGAGUAUCAUUUAAAACUAUACAAAUGUUUAAGGCUAUCAAAUAUUGGUUACGAAUUUUGCAAGCAAAACAAAACAAAUAUAUCUUUAUUGUUUAUAAUUUAUUGAAGACGGAUGUAGAAUUGUGUCCAAAUAAAACAAACUGGUGUACAUUAUUGAAAGAUUUACUAUGUUCUCUUGGAUUUGUUGAUGCGUGGAUUUUUCAAGGCGUUGGUAAUACCGAAAUGUUUCUUUCUGUUGUUCAACAAAGAUUAAGUGAUCAAUUUAUACAGAACUGGAAUGCAAGACUUAACCAAUCAAGUAGGGCUCUAUUUUAUAACACAAUUGCAUCAUUUAGAUUUCAACCAUAUUUGGAAUGCUUUAAUAUUCAUAAAUUUUGUCAAUCAUUUACUCGUUUAAGGGUAUCAUCUCACAGAUUACACAUUGAAGCCGGUCGAUGGACCAGACCCACCAGAACACCUAUUAGUGAUAGAAAAUGUAUAACAUGUAAUAAGGUAGAAGAUGAAUAUCAUUUUAUUAUUGAAUGUGUAAUGUACAUUGAUAUUAGGAAAAAAUCUGUUGCCAGAAAAUAUUGGAUACGGCCUAGCAUGUAUAAAUUUGUAGAUCUUAUGAACUCAGAAAAUAAGAACAUACUUAAAAACUUAGGAAUAUAUAUAAACAAAGCAUUUAUUAUUAGAAAUACUUUGCUAUAUGAUUAACAAUGCAAAUUUGUCCAGUUGUAAUGUUCAUGUUAAAAAAAAUACAUAAUAUCCAUAUGAUUUGUCUUGCACUUUCGUUUCGGCAAGACAGAUAUAAUUAUGGAGAAAAUUAAAACGUUGUACAUAAUUAUAUAUAAUAUGUUUUCUAUUGAUAUGAAUGUCAUGUUUAUAUGAUAAGGUUAGCAAUUAAGUCAGCUCGAAGGUCUCUUUGCAACUUAACAUGAAUAGCCAAAUCACUUUUGAAAUUGGACUUUCGAAGUUUUCAAAAAUCCAAAAUGAAAGAUAAAGAUUUGUUACAAUUAUUAAAUCUGCAAUUGAUGCGAAGGGACUUUAAAUUUUUAGGAUGUGUGUAUAAAUAUAUGGCAAUGCGUUUAUGUAUUAAAAUUCAAUUAAUUUACAACAAAUUUUGCAUAAAUGGCUCAUGUAAUUGAUAUUUUGUUUUUUGUAUGUAUGUGCAUGUAUAUGUGUGUAUGUAUGUUUAUAUGUAUAUAUAAUAGAUCUAUAAGUUAGUGGUUCAAAGAUCAAUUUUGAUUUGAAAAUGUUUAUUAUGUAACUACUUAAGAAUAUUUUCGGCUGGUAAUGACUUUAUCAAUCAAAAUUGAUCUUCUCCAAACUUUUUCUUUUUCUUUUCAUGAUUGUUGAUAUUAUGUAUAUAUGUUUAUGUCAUACACUGUUCGUUAUUGUGCAUGAUUUAUGUCCGCAUGGGCUUUAUAGCCUAUUGGAAUAAAAUAAAAUGUCUACUGUCUACUGUCUACAU